AUGGAUGAUGCCGGCCCCGCGAGAAAACGACGAAAAGGUGGCAUUCAACAACGACAGAGCCAGGCUGAGGCUUCAAAGACAAGCAUCAGUGCUCUGCAUGAUCUGCUGAUGACAUACCUCGCACAGGGCCUUAUGUCGGCUGCAGUGUGUCAUGCAAUUGCAACAGCAGCUGUUGCCGAUAUGGGCCUCUCUCGCGAAGGUACCGUGUUUCCUGAUUUGGAGAAGCUGGCCAAGAUCAAGCAUGGUAAGAACCUGCAAAAGUCGAUCGACGGCCUGCUGGCCAAACAAGCCGACCUUCCCACACCCAAAGAGUUCGACAUCCCUCUUGCGGGACAGGUGCCAGGCCAGCCCACGUCAUUGCUUCUGCUGCCCCACGAAAUGAUGGCCCAUAUGUUUUCCAAUGGCACAGGGUGGGUUACCUCCGUGCUGCCGGACCCGAGCCGGUUGGCUGCCUUCUGGGAUUGUUUCCGGAAGCAUCCCUGCAUGGAGGGCCACCCUCUGCUUUCCCACCCCCAGUACAGGAACCGGUGCAUUCCAUUGGCCAUGCACGGCGACGAGGUUCCUGUGCUGGGGGUGGGGAAGAUAUGGUGCCGCUCGGCACUGGCAUUUUCCUGGAAUUCCCUCAUGGCCACUUUUGCAGGACGCUCUGUGCAGGACACCAACCUGUACAUAUGGGGGUGCUUCGAAAAAUUCAUUGUUGGUGACGACGAGGAUGCUCCUGGCACAAUGGCCACGUAUGCCCCGGGCAGUGCAGAAGCAGCAAAAGCAGGGACUUUGCUUUGUGGCGGUUACUUUGGAGCCUUGGUUCAGUUGGCAGGCGACCUCGACUACUAUGCCAAAUGGCUGCAAGUGCCGAAGUGGAACAACCAUGAGAAACCCUGUUGCCUCUGCCGAGCAAGUUUCAAAGGGCCCUUAAGCUGGAUGGACAACAGAGAGAGCUCACCGUGGCAAAGCGCCGGCCUCAAGCCCAGCAACUGGAAGACACACUGGGAUUCGGCUUGUGCCUUAUUCCAAUUGCCGGGCUUCAAUGGGCUGUGUCUUUCUAUGGACUAUAUGCAUUGCAUGUUUCUUGGGUGGUUGCAGUAUGCAUAUGGCUCCGUGCUCUCUCUCGUUUUCUCGGAUUGCUUGGAAGGCACAGAGGCUGAAAGGCUGAAGCAUAUCGAUUCCUUCAUCAAGAAUUACCAGCGAGAACAUGGCACCAGAUACAAGUUCAAGCAAAAGCUCCUCAAACUUACGAUGAUACAGCCCAAGAAAGGUUUCCCAAAGAUUCGUGGCAGGGCAUCGGAUGUGCAAAGCUUGGACACUGCCCUUCUAGCAUUUUUUCAGCAGGAGAUGGACGAAGAGAACUACCAGCACAAGCAGAUUCUGCUCUUUCUCCGUUUGAAUUGUCGUUUGUCUGAGAAGUUAGACACGUUUUCGCCAAGGCAUGGGUACCUGGCUUUGCCUGAGCAGGAAGCACGGCAGGCUCUGCUCUGCGGCCUGCAGAUGGCACAGCUCCACAUCAGCUUGCAGCAGCACUACAAAGCUGCAGGGAGGCACUUAUUUAACCUCACAAGCAAGACACACUUUGCUUUGCACAGCCUGUCGCUCAGUGGCUGCAUUCAUCCAGCAAUGGUCUGGUGCUUCAAGGGCGAGUCCACCAUGCAUCGGGUUCAGACCCUUUGGAAGAGUUGCCUGCCUGGUGUCAAGCAUUGGCAGGUCGCCAGGAAGGCUGCCCUCAAGGAGCGGCACCUUCUGUGGCUGAGGGGCAAGGUCGGGUGA